AUGUCAGACUCCCUGCUCAACCACUCCUGGCCGUCGUUCUCGAGGCGCUGGAAGAAGAGAUGGUCCUUUAAGCGAGGGUCCGACUGCAAGCCAUGCUUAAGGGAAUUCACUGACCACAGCACCCCUGCUUUGGAGUAUCACAACCCAAAAAGCUUCCUCCCAUCCCUGAUUGCUGAGGAUGACACCUUCUGCACCAGCAUGGCUGAAGAAAAGGAGGACUCAUCUUCCACAGAGCUGGAUGUCCCAGCAGCGGACUUGCACAGCAGCAUGGAGGAUCUCCUCUCAGACUCUGCUCUCCAUGGCACGGAGUAUUACAGAGAUCUGGGACUCCUGAGCCCACCAGUUGCCAAAACAGCGCCAGAGAUGGCAGCACAGCCAGAACAAGCCACCCAGGCUGUGUCUGCCAUUCGCUUUUUGGAAGAGAGACCAGGGGCUCUGAGCAAAAUGUCUGUGGAUGUUGCUUUUUCCAAUCCCGUUUCCUGCUCGGUACGUUACGGCGAGGCCGACUGCCGCUUUCUGAACAAAGGCCGCAUUUGCUCCUGUGCAGCAGUGUCGGAAGAUGGUACCAGCUCUUCUGAGUGUCCUGCAGAGGCAGACAAAGAGCUGGAGCUGCAGGAGGCCACGGAGUCCUUCCCCACACUGGUGAGAUCUAUGUCUACCUCUCGGAGGCACAGCUGGGGGAGCCCUUUAUCACCCGUGGACAGCAAGCGCAGGUUCAGCCUGGACGCCACAGAGGUGGGCAGCGACCCAGAGCAGGAGGAUGAGGAGAAGGGGAGCCAGUCCUGCCCUCAGCCUUGCGUGUCCCUUCAGCUGCCCAAAGGGGAACUGGAAACCUGGAGCAGCGGUGGGGGUGGCAUGGUGAUCAAAGUGGAGACAGAGCCGUUGCACCUGAACCUCACGGUCAGCCCUGGCUUGGAGGAGGAGGAAUGUGGCAGCAAUGGGAAGAGACUGAGGUUGAAGUCUGUCCCAUCAGUCUGCGAGACAGUUGCCUCCCCUCAGACACCUUGCAGUUUUGACCCUUCUCUUCCAGCUGUGGAAGGUGUUGAACCCCCUGCUCUGGAGAUGCUGGAGAAGGACCACGUGUCCCCAGACCACGUGCUAAUUGUCCAGCAGGUACUUCAGGAGCUGAAACAAUAUCAUGGGGCAAAGCAGAGAGCUUGUGUGCAAGAAGGCAGCGAUUCUUCCCAGCAGAACCUCACAUGGUUUGAGUUCCUGUCUAAUGAAAAUGAAGACAGUGAAAAGAGUGAUAAAGCAGAGAAAGGCACGAAGGUGAUGCGACGUUUGAGUUCCCUGCGGAGCCGAGUCACCGGAUCCUGGCAGAAGGAUAAGGGUAAGAACAAAGAGCAGCCAAGAGAGAGAGAAAAGGAGAAAGAGACAAAGGAGCCAAAAGAGAGGUGGAAAGAGAUCAAUAGGCACCAGCUUGUGCCAGGGGUUUUCUCCAGUUGCACCAGCUGCUCACUGUGUGCCAAACCUCUUGUGAAUAAAAGUGGUCUGCAGUGCCUGAAUUGUGCAGUGAAUGUCCAUAAGAACUGCAAGAGUUUACUGGCUGAAUGCAGCAGCAUCAGACCCAAGCAGAAAGAUUUGCAGCACAGACCUUCUGGAUCUCCACAAAGUUCGCCCCAGUGCAUUUCCCCAGCCGCUUCUUUGAAGGAGCAGCCCCGAAGUCUUCUCCUGGGACCGGAUGGCACCCCAGUACUAUCACGGAAUCUCGGUAUGACUAUCGCCCAAAGAGGAAAUUCUCAGUCUUCACUGAAUACUGCUGGAGCUGUUAAUAAAUUUGGGCUAAUUUCAGGAGACAUGGAUGAAGGGGAUUCAGGCUUUAUAAAAUUUAAGCAGACUUCAGAUGAUGUUGUCUCACUUGCACCUUCAACAGCAGACUCCAUUUUUCUGGAAGAUGCAUAUUCUGUAUCCCUCCGAAGUGAAAUAGAAACAGAUGCUCAUGAGUUUGAGGCAGAGUCUUGGAGUGUUGCAGUGGAACAGCCUUAUGCAAAAAGGCAAAAGAAAGACGUUAUAAAAAGGCAAGAUGUCAUUUAUGAACUAAUGCAGACUGAAAUGCACCAUGUUAGGACACUGAAAAUAAUGCUGAAGGUAUACUCCAAAGCCAUGAGAGAGGAACUGCAGUUCCCAAAUGCAGUCAUCAACAAGCUCUUCCCCUGUGUGGAUGAGCUGCUGGAGAUGCAUGGGCAAUUUCUGCUCCAAUUAAAGGAGCGACGAAAGGAAUCCUUGGAAGAAGGCAGUGACCGAAAUUAUACAAUCCAGAACAUUGGAGACCUCUUGGUAAAACAGUUUUCAGGUGAAAAUGGGGAGAGAAUGAAAGAAAAAUACGGUGUGUUCUGUUGUGGACACAAUGAAGCUGUUAGUCACUAUAAAGACCUGUUCCAAAGCAAUAAGAAGUUCCAAAACUUAAUAAAGAAAAUCAGCAACUGUUCCAUUGUGAGGAGACUUGGUGUUCAGGAGUGUAUCCUUCUAGUUACACAGCGCAUCACCAAAUAUCCAGUCUUGGUGGAACGUAUUAUUCAGAAUACAGAAGCUGGAACUAGAGAUUAUGAAGAACUGACCCAGGCCCUUAGUUUAAUUAAGGACACAAUCACUCAUGUAGAUGCCAUGGUAAAUGAGUGCGAGAAGGGGCAGCGCCUUAAAGAGAUUAUGCAUAAAAUGGAGCUAAAAUCCUCUGGGAAAUGCAAGAAUGGGCUUUUCUUCCGGAAGGAUGACAUGGGACAGAGGCGGCUUCUGCUGGAUGGGUUGCUGUAUUGGAAAGCUGCAUCAGGGCGACUCAAAGAUAUUCUGGCAGUCCUGUUAACUGAUGUGCUCUUGCUCUUACAAGAAAAGGACCAAAAAUAUACGUUUGCAUCAGUGGACUCUAAACCACCAGUUAUCUCAUUGCAAAAGUUGAUUGUAAGAGAGGUAGCUAAUGAGGAAAAGGCAAUGUUCUUAAUUAGCGCUUCCUUAAAAGGACCAGAAAUGUAUGAAAUUCACACAAGCUCGAAAGAGGAGAGGAAUUCCUGGAUGGCACACAUCCGCAGAGCUGUGGAAAGCUGUCCUGAUGAAGAAGGAGGAACAUUUAAUGAACCUGAAGCAGAGAGGAGGCUGGCUGAAGCAAGAGCUGCUAAGUUAAAAGAUUUUCAAGAGCGUUUGAACAUGAAAGAUGACCUGAUUAUGCAAAGUCUAACUGAGAAGCAACAGAUUUAUCUAGAAAUGUCUGAAAUGAAUGGGUUUGAAGAUCAUUCCCAAGGAUCCCGAUCUAGGCUACUUCUUCGGGGGGAUAUCUCAGAAAAUCUGCAAGGAGAGGCUAUUUUGAAGUCCGCAGUGACAGAAGCUGAAAAUCUCCAGAACCUUAUCUUCACUCACUUAGGCAAUGGAUCCUGUCAGUUUGAAGAUGGUGCUGGGUCAGGACUCCCCAGGAGAGCAGAGACCUUCGGAGGAUAUGACAGUAGUCCUUCAAUUUCAAAUAAAAGUGGUACUUCUAGGAAGAACAGUGGUGGUGACCAGAGACAGUGGGACUGGAGGGGCCCUGCAGUAAGUUCAGAUGUGCAACUCCAUGACCUCCCUUCUGAUGCAGAAGAAGGAUCUCAAACCAGUGAUGUAACAAGGCUGGAUGACAGCAGUGCUUUUCAGCCCAUCAUAGUCGCUCAGCUUGUCCAAAGGAUACAAACGCUGUUACAGUUGCUCUUCAGUCUUCAGGCAGUGAUAUCUCAGCAGGACAGCUACAUUGAGAUGCAACGAGCCACCAUGGUAGACCGGGAGAAGCAAUACCGGCUGCAGUCUACACGAGGCAAUCUGCUGCUAGAGCAGGAGAAACAGCGGAACUUUGAAAAACAGAGAGAAGAACUGAUGAAUGUACAGAAACUUCAGAGCCAGCUGAAGCUGGAGCAGCAACGCCUGGAACGGGAAAGGAGUCGGCAGCAGAGGGAAUUUGAAAGCACAGAAGCCCGGCUGCAGGAGCGUGAAGAGGAGACUCGGCAGCUGAGAGAGAAGUUGAAUCAGGAGAGGGAAGAACUCGAGAGGCAGCGAGAGGCCUAUCAGCAUGACCUAGAGAGGCUGCGGGAAGCUCAGAGAGCAGUCGAGAAAGAGAAGGAGCGUCUAGAUCAGCUAAGGAAGCUGAAGAAGCAGAACACAGUGUCAGGCACGUUCUCCCCAGAAAUGGGACAGAACCAGAUGCUAAGUCAUUCUGUUAGCUUCAAUGGAGAAGGGGUGGAACCACCUCUAUCCCUCUUGAAAACCUCUGUGAGAGUGAGUGUCUCCGGGAUGGAUUACCUGGAACGGCCAGACUUGGUUCGUAGGGACAGUACCACCCUGGAGAAUCGUCCCGUUCUUGCAUUGAAGAAUGAAGUGCCAAUACAUCUCCUGAGUGCAACGAAUCAGAUACAGAAACCAGCUGCAGUCCAGCAGCAGAUUCCUACUAAGCUGGCCACUUUUACAAAGGGAAGCAAAGAGAAAGGUGGGAAGAACAAAGCGUCUCAUAGGACAGACAGUUCAGCAUCCGUUGAUCAGAAGCAGCUGCUUCCCCCCAGGCUUGUUGGACGAGAGGAGGGUGUCCUGAGAGGCAGACGAUCAGCAAGUCCAGUCCUCCCAAGCAGCCAGACCGCUGCAUUCCAGCCAGAAUUGUAUGGCCCUACAGAUGCUCAGCCGGAAGCACUUUCAUCUGCCUCAGCGAACCUAUUCAAACCCAAUAACGUUCACGUUCAGACCCUGGUGACCUCUCAGCCAAGUCCGUUAAAUGUGCAAGAUGAUACCAGCAAAGAAGAUGUAAUUUUCUUCUAAUUGUUUCCAUUUAAAGAUUAAUCUUCUGACACACUGUUUCAAGAACUCAGGCCCCAGUGUUCAACGUGACAGAGACCUGAUAUGGAUGUCUUUUCAUCCCUGCCCCGUUACUACUAGCAAGGACCAGACCAGGAUUACUGUUCUACUUCGUUGGCUUCUCUGCCAGCAGCUCAGAAUGAGGGCACAGUAGUAACAAUUUGCUUUUAAAUUCUCCAAACAUGGAAAUGUAUUGACACGUGGCAUGGGUAUAUAAAUUCAGAGCGUAUUAAAAUACUGCCAUUUAUUGUAAUUUGCUCUUUUCGGAGAUUGUACACUCUUUGUGGGCACCAUCUUAUAAAUUGUUAUAGUUGAUGUUGAACCACCCGGAUUUUUAUGUAAAAAGUUUUAGUAGUAGGCCCCAAAAUGGCUGCAAAUUUUUAAGUCCAUUUUCACAGGUACAUGGUCGGUAAUGGAUUAUGCUAACAGUGUGUUGAUAACUAGUUGACUAGCAAGCCAGUCUCCUUACAGCCAGGCAUGACAGACACUGUGAUACCCGCUCAGAGGAGCCAGACUAGCGUCUCUGUUUCUUUAGUGAAUUCAGUGGAGCACAUGCUCAGUGGUCAGGUACGGUGGAAGAGAGAAGGUAAGCUUCCUAACAGAGUCUUCAUGGGUCAGGAGCUCCGCCUGCCUGUGGAUGAGAAGGGUUGGACAUGUGAGAAUAUACAACGGUAAUGAAGAGUUGGACUAAAUGCACAUUUCAUUGAUCAUCAGCUUGCACCGGGAUACCUGUCUCCUUGGAGACAUUGGGUAGCUCUGGGUAGCUCUCCGUCUUAGUGAGAGCGGUACAGGUUCCCAAGCAAAACUCAUGAGUUGGUUCAGAAUGAACUUAGAGACUUGGAUUUUGUUCUUUGCUGAAGACAUGUAUAAGAAGCGUUUGAAUGCAGUAAUUUAUUGUCUUGUUUAAUCCUAAGUUUUCUGCAUCUCUUGUUUGUCUGUUAAUUUGUUUGGACUUUACUCCAAGUACCAGAAGAUAUCAAAGCUGCUGUUACUGCAGAGACUUCUCUGCAGCACUGUUUUAGGAAUGAAGGGAAUAAGAACUGUUUGGUUUUAAAAUUAAAAAAAAAAAAAUACUCUUAGCUAAACCUGUGUUGGUUUAGCUGCUUACAGCUAAACCAGCUUUGAUACCUCUUGUUAAAUGGGUCAGUUCUUAAUCAUGGAAUGGUGAUGACAUUUAAGUGUUCUGUUCAAAAGGCAUUAUUUCCCUUUGUAGUAAUUUGCACAGUCAUUUUGUUGUAUUCUAUUACUUCACUCUGUAUCUCAGUUCUUUAUUACACACGUGGCUUAAGGAUGUCUGUUCCAAUAUAUGUUGAAUGUGACCGGUCAGAUAUAUUCUGCACAGGAGAGAUUGUUUAGGGGGUAUUAUUACAGAAUUGAAGAAAUCAGUAUCUCAGAGCUUAAAAACUUGGGUUAAUACCUUUCAGAACAUGAUUGGUAAUAGUUUUUUUUUCAUAUCUUUAACCCUGGUUUAAAGUGAUUUUUAGCACCGAUGGAGGGAGUACGUGGUCAGUUCUCCAUCUGGUCACAUGGCAAUGGCAUUGAAUGGCAAUUUGUCAACCUCAUCAAAUCAUUGAUGCUGUCUCAGUGGUUAGGCCCUAUGUAACGUUAGUAAUGUUCUUUAAGGCCCUCACUUCACUUUGCUUGAAAGUUUUAAAAUUAUUCCAGUAGUUACAGUGCAAGAAACAUUAUAAAUUUUCAGCAGAAAAUACAGAGUUUAUUUUCAAGUGGUGAUAAUUUGGGUUAUUGUCUUCAGACAAGAAAUUGAAAAAUCCAAAUUUACUGGUCAGUGUGAGAGGGGAAAGGUAAGCUACAAAAUGCUGAACUGGUCUUAGGGAGCAAGCGCUCCUUGCUCUAACACUUCUUGGAUUUAAGGAUCUUUUUCUUUGCUAAGUGAUACUGGCAUAAACCUGAAGCAAUGGCACCGAGUUCAGCGAGAGGAAACUCCAAACCAUCUGUCUUGUUGCCAGACUGGUGAUAGUCCCCCACCCCCCAGCAAAUUAUUACUAUGAAAUUGGACACACUUCACUAUAAUACCAAAGGACUGCUUGGUCCUUUGCUACAAAAUUAUUUGUAGAAGGCUGAGGGAAGCAAGUGAAAAGGACAAAUCAUCAGCAUUGCCGAAUUUACACAGAUUAUCAGUGGCUAGAUUUGCAGAAAACACUGUGGGGAACAUAGCGAUUUUUGCGUUGUUGUGAUACGAUGUUGGUAAUGAUUAGAACAUAGUUCUACAUUAUAUUCAUUUUUUGCAUUCCUAAAAGCGAGGUUGGAACGGAGGGGUGUUCUUCUUAAAAUUAACAUAACUUCUGAUCAAGCCAGCAUGUGAGACCCAGCAGCUCUGUAGGACUGAUUUUUUCAGUUGGCUGGUGUGGAGACUCCAGUCAUCUCUGAUACCCGUGUAAUUUCUCCUGUAAACAUACAGUGAAGCAGCAAGAAUCUGCAGUAUGUUCUCUCCUUCGUGCUGUGGUUUGGGCCGUUCCUAGUGAAAACUGUAUGCCCCCAUUGCCUUAAAUUACCAGGUUUUUAGGAGUUUUAGCCUAAAGUGAAGUUGCAUCAGUGGAAUAAACCACCCCAACCAAAGAGGGAUGCCUCUGUUUUGGGUAUUUGAAAACAGUUUUUGGAAACAUUUAUUUGGUUUAAUUUUGUGCCUGUCCUAAAGUAUGGGAGAGAGUGUUCUAUGGACUGAAGGGGUUUAUUUGGCUACUUUCUUCUUCUUCUUCUGUGCAAUGAAUGAACUCAGAUACAGAACAGUGACAUCUGGAAAAUAAAGUCUGCAGUGAGGUCUCAUUUCUUUUAAUGUUUUAAACUUAAACAUAACUGUUUUAAUACUCAUUGUCAGCAGUGCUUCGACUAAGUUCUGGCUGUUAGCAAAUGGACACAGGACAGUUACAGGCUAGGCUGUUGGUUCAACACCCCAAAAGCUCCUUGGAAUAGGGGUCUUCAAUCUGUAACUGAGAAAUCAUCUUAAAAGUCCUCAUCUGUCCUCAAUACACACGUCUAGCUGCAGCUAGCUUUGCGAAAACUGUUUUCACCUUGAAUAGAGACUGCAUCUCUUUUCACUUGGGUCAAAAUCAUUUAAGUGCCACACUAGGUAUUCACGCGGCUUCGUGUUCAGUACCAUAGCCAGCGUGGAGAAGGUUUUAGAAUUAGCAAAUGCUGUGAUAUCUCAUUGCUAGUGCGGAGUUUACCAUACCAGAGUAUGGUAAAAUUAUUUGUAGAAGGCUGAGGGAAGCAAGUGGAAGAUUUUCUUAAAAUGAAUAAUGGGUCAUCUCUUCACUUCUGCAAAACUGAAUCUGUGAAAUUGUUAUCACUCCAGCUGAGUGAACUAGUUUUGAACUCUUUACUCAAAUCUCAUUCCUAGAAAAGUAACUCUUCUAGGCAAAUUAGAUUGCAAAAUACUGCUGUGUCCUGGGCUAAGUAACCUGCUACUGAUUCUGAGUAAUAUCCUUUCCAUUUGACUUUUUGAUUACUUAAAAGUUUCCUUUUAAGUGAUAUCUGAGGAUUAGACAGUUCAGAAUUCUGUGCCUCCCAGGUGCCUUUUGGCUUCUUUCUGAGCUGGGGUGUGGAGGAAAUUACAGCACGAGCUUUGAACUGCCGCCUUCUUUGCUUCGUGUCACAGCCUUAAAAUUAUUGUCAUGUUUGUCCUUUUAAUAUUGUGAUGUUGCAAUGUAGAGGCUGUUUCUAUGGUUCUGAUUUUCAAUUUUAACUCUGGUGUAAAGGAUGCUUCCUCUUUCCCUUCCCAUCCGGAAUAUGGUCAUUUUGUAUUUCAGACUGAGGAUCCCUCCAUGUUCGCUAGUACUGAGCACAUCUGCCCUGUGUGUGUUGUAAAUGCUUUCCUAGUUUUUAACUGUGCUAUUUGUGGAUUGUAGUUGUGGCAUGUCCCACAAAUUGAGAUCGCUAAUCAUUUCCCAACGUGAGGCAGAAAAAUUGGUAUUUCUAGAGAUGCUUGCUCAUCGAGGUAAUAGCAUUCCUGCAGAGGUAGGAGCAAUUCUAAACAAUUUGCGGACGGUUUUGUCUUUCUGAGUAAUAGUCAGAUGAUCCUGCAUACGUGGAACUUGGUGUUUGUCAUUUGCAUUUACAAUGAAAGUUCAAACUUAAACUAGGAAGGGGUUAAAAAUACGUAUUUUGUCUCACUUCUACUUUCAGCUCUGCAGAACAGGAGCUAGGGCUCCCCGGUGCUGCUCAGUGGAGUCCCUGUGUGUUGUGCCCCUGUGCAAGGGAAUUUGGAGCGUUUUGUUGUCUUCCCCAGCAGUUCUCGCAUUUACAAGAAAAAAAAUCUUCUCGAUGCCAGGUUACGCAUGUGCUAUCCUUGCCUGACCUUCUUGCUGAAUAGGUAAAAGAAAAGCCUUUUCCCCUGCUCUCUCGAGGCCAGACCCAACAUCUUUGUAACCACUGGCGGCUCUUUAUCAUUUACCAUCAGCAUGUUAUUCAUCAGAUACAAUUUGUGCGAGCUCUGGUUCAUACCAUUUGUGCCAUGUUUAUAAAUCAGCUUUUUAUAUUUUUUGUACUGAAAGAAAUGGGAGCACUUUAGAAAAGUUUAUUUCAAAUUCCAUUUCUGUUUGUACCUGGAAGGAAACCUCUCAUGAAAGUAGAUCCUGUUGGCAUAACUGCAUGAAUCUCACUCAGAGCUGUGAACUUUCUUCAUGCUCUUUAGUCUUAGGUCUGGUUUCUAGGCCCACCUUGCACUGUAAAGAUUUAAUAAAUAAUCAUGGUCCGUGGUUAAAUUGACCAUUUUGUUGGGGAAGCGUUCAGUUUUGUUUUUUGUUAGGGUGUAAACAUUGUAAAUAAUUACUGUUGAUACUGCAGUAGCAACAUCUUUGUAGUCCUUAUUUUAUUUGUAAAGUUGAUGGUUAAAUGUUAAUAUUCUGUUGAAUUGUGCACUCUUGAUUAAUUGUAAACUUGAUCUUAGCACACCAAAUGAUGAUUUUUACAAUGAUUGCAAUGUUUCUCCACUGAAGGAUUUCAGAGCUGCAAUAGGACUGAAAGCAACUUCUAGCAAUAAAAAAAAAGCAUUUAAAAA